UACACCUCGUGUUCCCUUAGCGAGAAAGAGAAUCUGAGUAGCUAGAAAGAGAAAGAGAAAUGAGGAACCACAAGCUAGUUCCUACCGUUUCGUCCUCUUCAAAGAACAACACCAAACAAGAAGAGCCACACCUCUCAGGGGCAUACAUUAGGAGCCUUGUGAAGCAGCUUAGCUCCUCAUCUACAGCGAGAUCCAAAGACCACCACCACUACAGCACCAUGGGCACCAAACCACACGGCCAACCACAGGAGGAAGAGCAGCAAGCUGCAGCUGCCCAAACAACACCAGUAGAGCAGCAGCAGCAGCAGCCACACAAGAAGCAGGUGAGGAGGAGGCUGCACACAAGCAGGCCAUACCAGGAGAGGCUACUCAACAUGGCAGAGGCCAGGAGAGAGAUCGUCACGGCUCUCAAGAUCCACAGGGCCUCCAUGAGACAAGCCAAAGAGCAGCAGCAGCAGCAACAGCUGCUGCAGUUGCAACAGCAGCAAGAGGUUCAUCAUCAUCAGGUAGUGCAAGAGCAAAGCCAAACGGGAAGCAGGGUAGCCUGUACACCCAUGACCAUGAGCCCCUACGCUUCCUUCUCGGAUUACUUGUACAACUCCUCCCCGUUCUCACACCUCACAGCAACCACCAGCAGCAGCAGCACCGGUAGCUAUUUCUCACCGCUACAGCUCCCUUAUCACAGCAGUACACCAGCCGUUGCACCCAUGCAGCAGGCCGAUGCUUUGGAUCACUUGAUGCUUCCCCUCCCUACGCAGCCAUUAGGACUCAACCUUAGCUUCCAGGGCUUCACUAGCAGUAGUGUUAAUGUUGGCGGUGUAGUGGACGUCGACGAUGCCUGCAAGAACGACAUCACGGCCUGCAGCUCCUUGGAUCCAAUAACGCCGUUGCUCCAGCCGUCGCCUGCUUCCUCCUACUCGGUCUACUCUUCCCCGUCGGCUACGAUGGCCGGCAGCAACGACUACAUGUCUUCGUCCGGCGCCGUCACCGCGGAUCAGAACAGCAGUUCGCUUGCGGCUGCGGCUGCCGUUGCGAGCGAGGCGUCCGGCCAGCUGCAGCUGCACCGGGCGCUGGACGACGAGGAGAUGGCGGCGAUCUACUCCAUCGGGGAGCAGCACGACAUCGAGUGGAGCGACACCAUGAACCUCGUCACCUCCGCGUGGUGGAGCAAGCUCCAGGACAGCGUCGGUAUUCAAGGUAGUACCGCGGUGGCGCAGCAGCAGGCGGCCGCCGUAGAGACGAUGGAGGACGCGUCCAAGCAGUACAGGCAGGGGGACUGUUUUGGAGAUAUCCUCGGCCAUCAUCAGGGCACCAUGGGAGGAAGCGGUUCUGACGUCGUCCUGGCGGGGGUGCAUCAUCUGGGUGACUACUACGGUACUGAAGACGUCUCCUGGCCGCGUAUGGACAUAGGAGAGAUCGAAGGAUGGGAUGCGGAGUGGUUCUCAUGACAUGUCGUCUUCUAUCAUACGGCCCGGGAGUCCGGUAGAGCAUGCAGUACUCAUUAAUUAGUGGAAGUUUUGAGCGAGAAUUGAUCCCUUUUGCUAUACAUGCAUCUCACUGUACCUUGAAUAAUUAAUCAAAACACUACCUUGAAUAAUCAAGGUAUAGUACUAGUAUCUCAUAAGUGCAGUACUUUCUCCAUUCAUAAAUACUUGUCGUGAACGAGUAUUUAGGAACGGAGAGAGUACUGCUUAG